AUGAUUUUCUCCAUUUUGGUGGCUGCGGGCUGUUUCGCGUCGGCUUAUGGACAUGGAUAUCUGACUAUCCCUGCGAGUCGUACCCGUCUUGGGUUCGAGGCUGGUAUUGAUACGUGCCCCGAAUGUUCUAUCUUGGAACCAGUUACAGCCUGGCCUGACCUUGAGGAAGCUCAAGUUGGCCGGAGUGGGCCAUGUGGCUACAAUGCCCGUGUUAGCGUUGACUACAACCAGCCCAGUGAUCACUGGGGUAAUGAACCGGUGGUAACUUAUACUUCUGGGGAAGUUGUUGAGGUUCAAUGGUGUGUUGAUGCGAAUGGCGACCACGGUGGCAUGUUCACCUACGGUAUUUGCCAGAACCAAACCCUGGUUGAUAAAUUCCUAACUCCAGGCUACCUCCCAACCCAUGGUGAAAAGCAAGCUGCAGAGGACUGUUUCCUGGAGGGUGAGCUCAAAUGCACAGAUGUCUCUGGCCAGACAUGUGGGUACAACCCGGAUUGUACAGAGGGAGCAGCCUGCUGGAGAAAUGAUUGGUUCACAUGUAAUGCCUUCCAGGCUAAUACUGCCCGAGCCUGUCAGGGAGUUGAUGGGGCGCCACUGAACUCCUGCAAGACAACUAUUGCCGGUGGUUAUACCGUAACCAAGCGGAUCAAAAUCCCGAACUACUCCUCCAACCAUACCUUGCUCCGCUUCAGAUGGAACUCUUUCCAGACUGCACAGGUCUACCUUCACUGCGCCGACAUUGCGAUUUCUGGGUCUGGAAGUACUACAACCUCCACGACGACAAGUACCACUUCUACUUCCACGUCCACGUCAACUUGCACCGCUACAGCUAGCCUUAUCCCCGUCACAUUCAAUGAAUUGGUGACCACGACCUACGGAGAGAACGUUUUUAUCACUGGGUCAAUCAGCCAGUUGGGCUCUUGGUCCACCGAUAACGCGGUGGCGCUGUCCGCCAGCCGGUACACCACCUCGAACCCGCUGUGGAUCACGACGAUCAAUCUCCCAGCAGGGACGACUUUCCAAUACAAGUUCAUUAAGAAGGAGACUGACGGGAGCGUCAUCUGGGAGAGCGACCCCAACCGCAGCUACACUGUUCCUACCGGAUGCUCAGGUACUACCGCCACAGCAACUGCUAGCUGGCGGUAG